GUAGAUAAUGUAGGUUAAAGAUUUUUGGGGAAAUCUGUAUCAUUUUGGGGAAAUGUUUUGUCUGGGGAAAUUUUUAAAACUCAAUCUGGAGACCCUGUCCUCGAGGAACAUUUUUUUAUUCGGUUUCGGAAUUUUUUCGUUUCUUUUCGUAAUGUUACGUUUAGUUUAGAACAACGACCAUAAUAGAAUGUAUUGUGUCUCUUGAUAAUCGUCGAGUGUGGUUUAUUUAAAUGGCACAGGAUACUGUUAAACUUCCUGAGCCAUGGUCGGCCCAUCUUUCGUUAAAAAGAAAUCUAAUUUAUUAUUACAAUGCUGUAACUGGAGAAUCAAUAUGGAGUCCACCCGAAGGUUCAGUGGUGGGAGGCGUGAAAAUAACCACAUCAGACGCGGCCAAAUUUUGCCCCCAAACGAUUCCAGGUGAAGUAAAAAUGCAGCUCUCCAAAUCUAAUGUGACGGCUCCUGUUGGACGUUUCUCGCUGCCAUGUCCGAGCAACAGGCUCGUGAAAGACAGAGUUGACUCGGAGGAGAGUCAAGAUGUUGAUCCAGAAGUGCCUCAGUCCAAACACUCUACUUAUGCAGGCUGGGAAAUAGUUUCAUCAUCUGACGCCAGGAAGAGAAAGUUGGAUGGGCAUUCUCCGCAGAAGGUGUCCAGACUCAAAUUAGAUAACAAAAGUGAAGAAAGUGAUUCAUCUGCAUCCUUUUUGCCUAGCUUUGAUAAUCCACCAAAAAAACGUGAAUGCACACGUGCAGCAACACGUAUGCAGAAUCUUCAGAACUUGCUUCAUGAAAUACAGGAGAAGAAAAAGAAAGAGACAGCUGCCAGUCUUCUCGGCGCACAGGCUGCCAGUGCCACGGCAGAUGUGGGCCGGAAGAGGCGUGGCUACUUGGACGGCACACCGGAGAAAAGGCAGCGGCAGAGCGCGGGCACGGCCGGCCACGCCGACGUGCAUUCGAGCUGCGGGGUGACGAGCACGACUGCAAACAGUGCCUGCAGCCGGAGCGCAGACAGCGAAGGCAGCAACGAGCUGUAUGAUCCGGAGAGCCCCAGGCCAGGGCAUAAGCUCCCGUACCUCGACAGUGACCUGGACAGUACAUCUGAAGCUGAAGGUGAUGUGAUCACCAGUGCCUCAGUGCGAAAAGAUUCUUUGACUUUACAGAAAAGCAUCAAGUACGACAAUUCGUCGUCAUCUUCCUGUAGUAAAGUGGUCAGUUCCUCUCUGCCAGUGCCGAGUGCAGCGUGGUCCAGCGCACACAGGAAAGAACACAUCAGAAAAAGACAGUUGCUUUCCGAAUCAUAUUCCUCGAUCAAAAACGCUUCGCCACCUGCUCAAAGUGUCGUUGCUGGUAACGGUAACAACCAAACUAAUGACACAUCACAAACUGAAGGUCUGAAUGAAAGGUUGUUAUCCAACACUCCACCUGGUGAAAAACGUACUAAUAAUAUUUCAUCAGUCAAAAGUGGGCAGGAUGCUGCUCCAGACGAAGGUUUCAGCCAAGCAAAAUCAAAUAAAAAGGUGCCCUCUGAUAACUUACCUAAGAUUUCAAGUGGCAGAAAUUCAGUACAGAGAAGACUGAUCAUUGCUGCAUCAUCCAAAAGUGAUGGUCCAGGUAAUGUGAUGUGCAGGAGUAGAGAAAAAUCAGUAGCACAAUCUGAAAAUGUUAGAAAUUCAAGUGGCAGGGCAUCAGUGCAAAGAAGAUUGAUGAAUGCUUCAUCAGGUGAAGGUGGCAACAAAAUUCAUGUCGCAUGUAAGACUGAAGAAAGACCUUCAGCUAGUACGAACAAGAAAAGAAGCUGGAAUGAACAAGUAACGGCAAACAGUCCCUCUAGAGCCAAGAGAUCAGUGCAGAGCAGGCUUGAGGUAUCAGCUAAGGACAACGAUGUAGCAUCAAGGGCAAAUGUGCUGUGUUCUAAAACUGAAGAUUAUGAAAAUAAGGCGGUCAACACUAGCAAUGCUAAUUCAAGAGAUGCAGCUAUAGUUAAAUUCAGAGAAAGACUAGCAGCACUGCCUGAUGACAAAUAUUUUGAUAGUUACAAAUUUGUUUCAAGUACAGUUGUCUGCAAAAAUACUGAAUCAUCAAAGUCACCCCAUGAAUUGUCCUCGGGUGAUGCAGUUACCAAUGAUUGGCAAUCUGCAGUGGGAUGCUGCACAGGUUACGAUGCACUAGUCUCUGAUUCCAGAAUACCUGAUGCUGCUGCGUGUGCAGAAGAAACUAUGGAAGUGGAUCUUCCGGUGAGCCCCAGAUCACUGACGGGCGAUCCCAUAACACCUUUGCCUCGCGAUGAUGCGUCAGUCAUUAGCUUUGCCAGUAAAUUGCCUAACACUGGUUCCAAGAAUAGUAAUAAUCUGAUAAAGUGGCUAGAUCAGUGCGAACCGUCUUCACCAGAACGUACCCUUGAUUUUUUCCUGCCCGUGAGUCCAACGGAUGAAGACUUUACGGAAGAAGCCAUGGAUUGGGAUAAUAUAGAAGAAGAUCUUAGCCAGGUUGUGUCUGUCUUGCCAACCAGCUGUGCUAAAGCUGAGGAAUGGUUCAUUGUGGUUGACACAAACAUUCUUCUGCACAAUCUUGAGAUUGUCGAAGAGUUAAGGGACACCCCGUUUCCGAAGCUCGGACUGCCGGUGCUGAUGAUCCCGUGGCUGGUCCUGCAAGAGCUGGAUGGCUUGAAGAUGCCUCCCACCCGGGGCCAGCACAAGUCGAAGGACGCUUGCGCCUGGGCUCGCAGGGCGGUGCAGUUCCUCAACAGCAACCUGAAGAAACGCCACCCGCGGGUCAGAGGUCAGACUGCCCGCGACAGCGAGGUCAAGCAUUACAAGAGGCAAGGAGCAGAUGAUGGAAUUCUGCAGUGCUGUCUCCAGCUCAGUGAAAAAGGCAACUUAGCUGUUAUAUUGACUAAUGACAAAAAUCUUGCAAACAAAGCUAUUGUGAGCGGCAUUUCCAGUUUUAGUCAUGAUGAGAUAUUGACCAAAUUACAUGAGGUUGAUUUGCAGCAGCUGACUCCCAAGGGUCAGAAACAAACAAGGGAGACUGCAUCUGCUAGCAGUCCAGCUGAUGCCCAAGCCUUUACAAGUGAUCAAACUGACGCAGAGAAGACGAAAGUUGACUUGAUCUUUUGUCACCUGAAGCUGUUGCUCAAGGAUAUUCUCUCUGAGGUCUUGACAUCAGGAAUAAAAAAAAUGUAUGGCAGCACAUGGCAAUCCAGGAUAAUUAAGAAACCUCCGUGGACUUUGUCUGAGGUUUUAUUCUGCAUUCUCAAGCAUUGGAGUGUCAUGAGCGAGUAUGGAUUUCGCCAGAAUAAGUGGCCAUCCCAUAACGACAAACUAAUGAACUGUGCGAAUGACAUCAAGAAGUACCUGACUAUCUUACAAGCAUUUCUAAAGACCAGCUCACGAAAUUGCCUUACACACACUUCAAAUGAACUGAAGGACAUCAUAAAUUAUUCAAUAGAUAUUUGUAUAGGAUUGAAUGCAGAUUCAUUUAGAGAGAAGCAUAUUGAAACCAUCGAAAAACUAGAGGCCCUGCGUGAGAUUUGUAAGGAGAAGUCAAUAGAAGCUGUGAUGAGCACAUUGUCGACCAUCCAUAGUUCUGCAUCUAACACGGCAUUGUCCAGCCCGGGUGUGGAGACGGAGAAAACGCAGUUGAAGUACGUCCGUGAAAAAUUCAGUGCAAUAUGGGUGCACUUGUUAAACUUGUGUGGCUCGCUUUGUGAUCGUUUCAAGAUCAAACACAGCUUUAAAUAUGGAACGAAAUAUGAUUUGAGUAUGCAAACCAUUCGUGAAGUGAUUUCAUACAUUUGGCCACAUUUGAAGGAGCUGAACAAGUGUUACAAGAGGUUGGAAAUCACUCCGUUGGAAGACUUGUCUCCAGAUCAUGAACUGAUCACAAAUGUUUACUUCAACGUGAAGAACUUUCUUCCUCAUUCAGAUCAGGAUAUUGAUGACACAUUGUCUCCACAGCUUGUGUACAUAUUUUUAAUUAAUCCAAAUGAGAGGCAAAACCUUGCGAAGCUGAAGAAUGGAUUUGACGAUUAUGAAGAGAGUUUGAUGAAAGUUAUCCUUUGCAUCAGUGAGAACUAUCCAAAGUUCAAUAUCAACCAAGAAAAAAACUGUAUGGAAGAAGAUUCUUCUAACAUCAAAGUUUUGUAAAGAAUCGUGAAAUUUAUUGUAUGUGAUUUUGUGUAACAAGAUCAAAUUAAACUUAUCUUUUGUAAAGAUUGUAA